GAUAAAUUUUUGUGUAUUACUUGGAAAAUUGAAGAGUCCCUCUCGCUGGACAUGUGGACAUGGACAUUCCGAUGAGUGGUAAAUUGGCAAUUGUUGCUGCCACAGCCGGAACGUUUUUCGCCCUGGGAGCCUAUUAUCAGCACCAACAUGUGAUACGUAACAUCAAGAAGUUGGAGCAACGCAAUCCCCACGCCUAUUUUAUAAGGCGAAAGCUUUAUGCGCUGUUGGACAUAUUUUAUGUGCAGAUGGGAAAUGAGUUGUGCGAGCAGCAAGGUGGGGAGGUGGAAUCUCAUAGAAUGGGCGGGAUUAUGAAGUACGGAUUUCCAAGCAUGAAUGAGAUUAGCUUAAAUGAGACAUACAAUUUUGUAACCUCAUUUGAUCGCCGUAAUUCGGCCAUUCAAUGGAUGUGCGAACGUGUCGAACCCUCCAGUUAUACGAAUGCUCCUUUAAUUCUUCAAAAUCAACCCCUUUCGAUUCGUCCGCGACCAUUUGGAACACCUUCGGAAAUGAGCUUUCAGCAUUCGGAGGCGGCCCGUGUUUUCUUUAUGUCGAAUAUAAAACCAUUUUUGAAUCGUGGUUUCAAUUCGAAUGUCUGGGAGAGAUUGCUGCACUACAUCCACGACAUGACCCAGAUCUAUGGCGAUAUCUAUGUGUACACUGGAUCCAUUUAUCUACCCCGCGAAAUGAAGAGCAAUAAUUGGUAUUUGGAGUUUCAGCCGGAGGAUAAUGCCAUAAUUGCAGUGCCCACACAUUUCUUUAAGAUCGUCAUUAUCGAUCCGAAGCAAGCAAAUAGCACACCCUAUGCCGAGGCGUAUGUGGUGCCAAAUGCAUCGAUAAACGAUAACACCGAUCUGCGUACUCUGCUCAGCGAUGUGCGCGAUAUCGAAAAUGCAACGGGGCUCAAAUUCUUCGAGGGUCUCGAUCGUAAUUUUGUGAAUACCCAAGUCACUAACCAAGUUGUCGAGCCAGCUUUAACGCCAAUUACGGAUUAAUCCUAUAGAAAUGAAGGGUUGUCAAUGCAAUUUUUUUUAUGUUCGGAAAUUUUGCAGAAUUACUUUUCAAUUCAUGAUCACUUCCUUUCCAUUGUAUUUAAAUAUGAAUAUUAUCGCGUCUGUUUCUUAAGGUUUUCUCUGAAAAAAUUAUGCUAGUUUAUGCUGUAAUUUGAAAAUAAAUGGCCGACAAUUAUUUA